GAUAUCAUACACUGGGUACGCGUAAGCAGAGCACCGUGUGACAGGAGAGAAACCCGUGUGGCGAAGCUGGGAUGCAGAAGGAGUCUGUGCUCUCAAGGGGAGGCAGAGUACUUACUUUAACAGACGACAGACGUCUUAUCCAGAGAAAAGCAGUCAAGCAUCGACGGAAGCAGUCAAGCACCGACGAAAGCAGUCAAGCACCGACGAAAGCAGUCAAGCACCGACGAAAGCAGUCAAGUACCGACGAAAGCAGUCAAGUACCGACGAAAGCAGUCAAGUACCGACGAAAGCAGUCAAGUACCGACGAAAGCAGUCGAGUACCGACGAAAGCAGUCAAGUACCGACGGAAGCAGUCAAGUACCGACAGAAGCAGUCAAGUACCGACAGAAGCAGUCAAGUACCGACGAAAGCAGUCAAGUACCGACGAAAGCAGUCAAGUACCGACGAAAGCAGUCAAGUACCGACGAAAGCAGUCAAGUACCGACGAAAGCAGUCAAGUACCGACGAAAGCAGUCAAGUACCGACGAAAGCAGUCAAGUACCGGCGAAAGCAGUCAAGUACCGACGAAAGCAGUCAAGUACCGACGAAAGCAGUCAAGUAUCUAUAAUAGCUUAAUCCUCGAUGAAAUCAAACAAGCCUCGAUGAAAUCAAACAAGCCUCGACGAAAGCAAACAAGCCUCGACGAAAGCAAACAAGUUAGAUGCUCAGCAAACCGGCAGGAGUGCAACUUUCCAAUCAGGAAACCAGUGACACAGAGAUGGAUGUUGCCACCCACUGUUGCUAUGUGUGGUCCCUUGGGACAGGCAACAUCAUCAUUGGUGUCUUGAAUGUGAGAAACUUCCCGGACAGAAAACCACUGUUGCAGAGAUGGCAGUCCCGAAUCAGUUAUGCUGUGGGUGCUCUCUCAAGAACGGUACCAUCAUCAUUGCCUUCCUAUCCGUGAGAUGGCAAUUCUAACCCAGUGUAGCUGUGGGUGUUACCUGAAGACAGCCACCAUCAGCAUUGCCAUCUUUUAUUUGGUUUCGAGCCGUGCGCAGAUAGCAACAACAGCGUACAAUUUGGAGAUCCAUCAGUACGUCGGUGGCGAUGAGGUUAAGGCGGAAGAGACGGUUGCAGAUACUAAACUGGAAGUAAUCACAGGUCUCGUGUGUGGCAUUAUCCAUACUGUGUGUAGCAUAAUUCUCCUCGUUGGAGUCACGCAGGAAAAGGCUAGCAAGCUUAUACCAUGGAUCGUUGUGGAAACCCUGGGCACCGCAGUAGAGAUCCUACUUUUUAUUGUCGUCUUCAUUGCGGCGAGUUCAUACAGCUUUAUUAUCUUCUUGCUUGUGUUUGCAGAAACAAAACUGGAAGUAAUCACAGGUCUCGUGUGUGGCAUUAUCCAUACUGUGUGUAGCAUAAUUGUCCUCGUUGGAGCCACGCAGGAAAAGGCUACUGUGCUUCUUCCAUGGAUUGUUCUGGAAACCCUGGGCACUGCAGCAGCGAUCGUGAUUUGUGUGGUCGUCUUCAUGGCGGCGGGUUCAUACGGCCUUCUUAUUGUCGCUAUGACCUUCUUGCUUCUGUUGCUCAACAUCUACUUCCUGCGAGUCGUGUACAGCUACUUUCGAAGUCUGUGUGAGAGACCACGCUCUGCCAAGCUGACUGACAUGGAGACUGCUGGGAUGUGAUGUGAGAUGAUUUCAGUUGGCAGUUUCAGUCAACAUUACUUAUGUGAGGUGUGUCACUGGUAAAGUUGCUUCUGACUCAGGUUUUUUUCUUGUGAACACAUCUGCGAAUGUUGAAGGAAGCAAAGUUAUCAGAUAACAUCAUUGGCCCUGACAGUGCAUCUAGAAUGCAGCUACAACAUUUACUACAAACAGUGGCAACACUUCGAGAACCAUGUACCUCUCACUAAUCAUGCUGUUGGCAUUUUCACAAAGAGAGUGUUUCAUGAAUAAUUCCAGAAAUCACUGCAGAGUACAUUAAUUCAUUCCCAACUUUUUUUCCACUGAACUUUAAGCCUCGCCUGCUGCAGCUAAUGAACAACUGUCCACUUUAAGCUAUUUAAUGUGCUCGAAAAUAUAUACCUAUUUACUUUCAUUAUGUGCAUUUCUACCACCACAUUUCCAUUUGUGCAAAUGAGUGAUGUUUGUCUUUAUCGUAUGUUACAUGUGGUUUGUAGAAGAAAUGAAAGAUGUUUUGACUACUUUGUGCAACUGACUGAAGAUCAGUGCUUGAAUGUAUUUUCACUGAAAUUAAAAAAAUGACAAAUUUUUGCAUGUUACUAUCCUUGCUAAUUUCCUUCCAUAUCGUAAUUAAACCAACCUUAUGACACUAUUUAUUGUUGUAGAUGAUUAACUGUCUUG